CUCUCUAUAUUCUUUUUUCUUCAAAUUAAUGGAAUCUCCAUUAUUCCAUUAUUCCAUAAUAUUGAGUAGAAUCAUACCUCUGCAGUGUAUAUAUAAUGAAUGCGCGUAAGUCUCAAAUAAACAGUGCAUAGACCAAACUGCUUUGAAACUAGUGCAACUUAUUGUGCGGUUAUUAUCGAACAGUUUCCGAUGGCCAUGUACGGAACUCCGUACAUACGCUGCGAACAUCUCGCUCCAUAAACAUAAAACACAGAGAGAUGUGAUAUAUUCAUGUGUUUAUACUGCUCCUUUCGGUCAUCAGGCUCCCCUCGACGGGUUUCUACUUGGAAUAUGCGCGUGCAUGAGCUGACAACAGCACUUGGAAUAAUGCCUGUCCAUGGCAGGCUGACAAGAUGCGGGGCAAUGAGACUAGGUUGUCGGCAUCGUCGUCCUGCUGCACUCGAAAACCCGGCCGCAAAGAAUCCCACGCCUUGAAAUGCGAGGUUUCGGGGACAAUGUUCGGGAUUUCUCCUCCAUCAUAUUGGUGGCUGCCCCGCCCUUCCUCUAGAACUGGUAUUUUGUCCCCUCAUCCGGUAAUAAUGAUUCUAGCAGUAACCUACGAUUCAUGAUCUUUGCCUUGUUCCUUUUUAGCAGAAGCCAAAAUGAGGAAAAAAAAAAAAAAAAACAGAAGUAUGUACAUAAAUUUAUUGAAUAUUCAAUAAUUGUACAGCACUGUCCUUAACUACACUCUCCCGAGCUUAUCCAGACGUCCACUACGGAGUACAUAUUCACACAUUCCAGAUAUGAUAUCCGCCAUCCAUUCAGCACAACAUAACCACAUAACCCCUUUUCACCUCUCUUUGGACGUUCUCCCAAUCUGACGCACUACGCUGCGUACUUGUGCAGAGUGCCCCAGCGACCUAUACUCUGUACAACCCAUCCACCCGCCUUUUGACAACCCCGCCUAAUUAUGCACACCCCUCCAUGUGCAUGGUGCAGGAUGUCCCUCCACGUCCGUCCGCCUGCCCAUUUUUCAAUUAUUAAUAACACUUCGCAGCACAACGCCUGCCUAUGUGAGACUGAGCUAGGCAAGAUAGAGCCGUUCAAGACCCAGCUAUGAGUAACCUACUUCAACAGGUUCCGAUCUUUAAUACGACCUUCCCUAAUUAAUAUCGACCCUCCUCCUCCACGUUGACUUCGUUACAACCAACCCCGGACAUGCACACUCCCGAACAAGCCACUCAUUAUUGUUGCGCCACUUCGGUUUGCUUUUGCCUAGCUUUAUCACCGGUGGUGCGUCAGGAAUGCCCUGAGAGGCAUUCUGCAGAAUGAGGCUACCGAUUGACGAGACCACCCCCUCUCCCCAUUUUUCACUCUUUUUAUCCUUUUUCUUUUCUUACCCUUUGCUGAAUACUUGCGCAAACCUUAACUGCCUCUUUGCUUUCUAAUUUUUUUUUUAUUGCCCUUCACCGCAGACACAAUAUUUCAUUAUUCUGGGCACAUGUAGCCGCCUCAAGGCAACCAUUGCAUGCAUGAAACAUGCAAAAGAUAUUCAUCCCACAAAUGCUAGGGGUUCAACCACGAUUUCACGAAUAUGCACGAACUCCUAGAAACUAACUAGAUACGAGAUACUGCCUGCGUGCGAUGACAGAGACGUUUAGUGUUUGCCUUAUUUCCAUAUGAUUGUCAGCGACGCACCCGCUUCUCUACUGCAUACGUAUAUGUACUUGAAAAUAAAUUGAGGCUCGAAGUACGCUGUGUAGGUCCACAUAAAAGAACUAUGAUAUUGGCGCAUACAACGACAAGGGGGUUACUUCUUUUGCUUUUGGCAGCUCCGCUCAGCAGCGGGUAAGGCAACCCGUCCCAACCCUUUGACCUUCAGAACCUUCGUGUCUGCAUGCAUCUAUGCCGCCAGCUCCGCUCCUUAACUUUUCGUCUUCCUUUUCAAAUUUGCACGGCUUUAUUUUCGCAUGGACGCCCCUCAUCGGAUCUGCAGGACAUCAAAAUUCCCCGAGAAGUUCAGUACGGUCUCUGAAGCGGUGAAAUUUACAACUUGGAAUAGGCAUCAAAGAUUUCACUCUGUUAUCUUCAUUUGUAACCACCCCCGCCCCUUCUCUCUCCUUCACUGGAGAGCGGCAUCAGCACAGAAAUCGGACAUCUUUUCAGCCUCCCCAUGCUGUGAGGAUUUAUGAAACUGCCACCGAAGCUCGGUGACGCAUACGUGGCUACUCGUACGUAGGGAGCCAGGUUCCUAGGUGAAAGACUACCACGUCCAUCUUUAAUCAGCAUCUACCUCCCAAUGAUGACAGGAACCGCACGCCAAGGGGGCCAUACUUCCGGAGCUCUCAAGGCAUCAUAUCCCCUUCUCCGCCUGUUGGUGAUCAUCCCAGGCGUAUCUGACUUAGCGUCCUCAGCAGCGUCGUCAUUUUGUCACCCCCUUCGGACGAUAAGUCUGCAACCUAUCUUGAUAGGUGGAUGGACCAACGGAUGACAUCCUCGAAAAGAACAGGAUUAUCCAUAUAACUACCGCUGGAAGACGUUCUAUUAUGCUCUCAUUUCCCCUUCUCGUCAAGGGGGUCUCUAUAAGUUAUGGAGUGUUUUCAACGUCGUUUGCUUCCCUUAUACGUUUGUUUGGCCCAAAACGAGCACUUUCUCGUCAAUGCAUGAUCAAACGUGGCUUUUCGGCUGACGGAACACGCAAGAUGGUUCCGGGAGCUACACAAAAGCCUGAAGGAAACGAAGCGGAAGAGAUGUGUCACCAAAAAAAAAGGGGAAAUAAUGAUCACCCCUUGUUUUCCCGGCCAAUGCACAUGUGUGCCAAGGGCGCAUGCAAAGCAUGUAUCGUAUGGACAGAUUGCGUGUAUGUAUAUAUGCGCAUUCACUAGCAGCGUGCAUCGUGAUCGUCCUCCUGGAUCAUAACAGUUGGAAGCAUGUACAGUGCAUUCCAUACUGUGGUUGAGGUUGCGGGAAUGAUGGCUAAUGCUGAUUUCAAGAACUGCACGGCACGCGAAUACGAAAUCGACGAAAAGGAGAUGUAAAUGAAACUCUGCUUCGUCAAAUUACAUCUCAUAUUUCGAAAGCAUGCAGCAGGUGCCGUGCUCUACGCAUGUAUGACUUCAAGAAGGGUACUCGAUAUUAUCCGGCACACCGCUAUCCAUGAAUUUUUGUCCAUAAUCAGAGCACCCCAUCCAACCUUGAGUGUUAUUUACUGUACACACUUGAUCAGCAAACCUCCUUGUUCAAUUCCGAUCUCACUCGUCACCAUAUUUUCGAUCGGGUUUCGUUAAAGCUCGGCGUAAGGCUUCCUUUGUACUAUCCUCUAACUACAGGAUAACAUGGUAGCGAGGUAUUGGGAGGCCGAUGCUGAUAAUGAAUGAGAGAACUCAGUGGUCCUCGUCGUCCUUUUUUUCGUAACUACUAAAUACCAUGAUGUAUUAUUCUUUCGACCAUUUGAUAAUUAUACAGUUAACGACUUGGUUGUGCUUCCUAAAUGCAAUCACAAAAAAGUAUCCUACGGUUAUUUUGAUUCGCAAAUGGCAGACUGCGGAACCCCAUGCUGACAAUCAUUAUUAUUGUCAUUCCGAGAACUUGACAAGAGAGCCUGACUUUUCCCGAGUCACUGGCGCCUCGGCAAGUUUAGGUUUCUCAACCCCAAGGGCUUUCCAUGCAGCAUUCAAGAACAAAGCAUGCAGGGAUCCAGGGGGUAUCAAGGUUCUACCUGCUAGCGCAGCGGCUCUGAUGAGCUGGGAUUAUUAUUAUGAUUAUUAUUAGGGUUAUUCUUCACCCAUCGGGUUCAAAAUGUGUGUGCAAGUAACUAACGACCUAGUAAGCUCUCAAUCAGCAUUGACUCAAAUUUAGUUCUUACUUCAUCGAGAAACUCGCAUGCGGGAUGAAGCUAUCCAUGUAUUAACGGACAUGCUCCCACAAAGGGGAAAAGAGCACACACCACACACCACCCACCAUGCUGCUCAUGUGUCGCUCAUAAAAAUCGUCUUUGGUCCCUUCUGCGGGAGCGAUCGUGGUUGCGACCGGGAAGUUCCUCUCAGCCUCAAAAUGGUGUUCACACCUGGAGGAGCUAAAGACAAAAUUAUUAGUUAUUAUUCAUACGAAGCUGGCGUGCUACCGGUGAAACAUCCGCCGGGUUCCAAUGAUGCAUCUGACCUUAUGCCUACCUCUCUCUGUACAUGAGCUGUACAUCUUGCCUCACUCUUCACUUCCCCUCUCCGCUCCUUGCGAGUCUGUUCUCUCGUCUCCCCCCCCAUUCAGCUUCAUACAUAAGCGACAUACUAUGUAAUUUUCAACCGUGAAGUUUUGGAGCUUUCUCCACUUAGCCAGCUCUUGGGCCCCUUCCAACUCAGCAACCGCUGAGUUUCCCCCUACCCUCCUGCGCCACAGCGCUAGCGCCCUCAAACCAUUGUCAAGCCCCAUGAGCCCCACCAACGGAGCCCCUCACCAGCAGCGGAGGAACAGCGAUGCGAUGUGGCUUCACAUGGUGUGAGCAGUCGGUUGAUUGGAUGGCUGCUUGCUGCUUGCAUCUUUCGCUGCAUGAAAAUUGCAACCGUUGGGGAUAUCUGUGGUGGAGCGUUUUGCGGCGGUAAGAGAUCAGUUUUACAGUACCAUACAUGAUUCAAGUCCUGUUUCCUCGAAUACAGAUCGUAAUAAAAACAAAUACGGUGCGUGCAGCUCUGAACUGACGGUAUGAGCUGUAUCCACCGUAUUUCGAGGAGAAAUAAAUAGCACGGCAUUUUCGAGAGAGCCCCUCAAACACUCCACGAGCAUGAGGAGAGGGGACUCGGGAAAUGGUUGGUUAGUGAUGAGAAAAAGUUGGCCCUGGCAAAUGGAAAGCAGAACGUCAACUUCAUCGAACUCCGCUAACUACUUACUUCUCUUGUCGCAAAAAAAAAAAAAAAAAAAAAAAA